GUGUAUCGUGAGGCUCCCUCAGGGAUGGACGUGUUCAGAACUGGCCAGCCUCGGUAUCGGGAACCCAAACCGGAUUACCACUUACCUAAUCCCAAGGUUUUCACGAGCGACAAUGAUGAGAAAGAAAAGCCACGUGGCAAAUGUGUCACGUUCUUCACGUACUUUGCAGAAAGUACGUCGUUUAUGGGAAUACCCAAGAUAUGGGCGUCGCCGCGUCUUGUAUUCAAGAUUAUGUGGACAUUGUUCUUUCUUGGGGCAACGACAGUGAUGAUCAUUCAGCUAGUCGAACUCUUCACGACGUUUUACAAGUACCCCGUUAAGACGUCGGUGAAACUUGGCUUCACUGCACUGCCCUUCCCUGCCGUCACCAUCUGCAACAUGAACCCUAUCAAGCUGUCCAAGGCGAAGUUGCUCAGUUGCGAGCUUCAGAAAACCCUCGAAAUCCCCACUGAAUACCAGAGUGAAGAAUGUGUGAACAUCACCAACACCGUGGACUUGAGCGAGUUCACGGAGACGGAAUACGUGUGUGACGAGAGUGGUUGUUACGAAGAGGAGGCAGGCGGUCUGGACACCUUCUAUGUGAGGAGGGAGCUCAUUGCCAACUAUCUGGCAGCAGAAUACCCCGAGGUUCGUAAAGACGUUGGCCAUCACCUUGAAUCUAUGCUGAUUGAGUGCUCCCUCAAUGGACGAAGCUGCGAUGCCAGCAAGUUCACGACGUUUCUGUCCAAUGAUCUUGGGAACUGCUUCACACUCAGGAGCAAAGGGCUACAGGCCACGAAAAGCGGACCUGAAUCAGGAUUAUCAAUGGUCAUCAAUCUUGAAUCCGAGGAAUUUAUCGAAACUUUCAAGACGGGGUACGGCCUGAGGGUGGUGAUACACGACAACGGGACACGCCCCUUUCCCGGGUCAGAAGGCUUCACGGUCUCAGCGGGUUCUGAGACAAGUAUUGCCCUGAAACUGGUACGUAACGAUUCAACGACUCGGGGGGGAGAUUACGGCAAAUGUAACGACAGCCUGAUUUUCAAGAAGAAGUUCGGUGUGGCUUACACAGAGAGGGCGUGUCGGGAGUUUUGUCAACGAAAUCUGGUGAUAGAUAUAUGCAAGUGUCGACCAGAGGACGAGAGUCAACUCAACAGCUCUGUCAAGAUCUGCAACACCAACAAAGAGUGGAACUGUCAGGACCGAGUACAGAACAAGUAUGUGGUGGACAGUGGCAAGGGGGUGGAUACCUGCAAGUGCGGCACCCCUUGUGUAGAGAAGGUAUAUCAAACAACCUUCUCAUCCAGACAGUGGCCCGUGCUCAGACACAUUCGGGCGUUAGAACAGCAAGCAUGUAAGAUCGAACCUGAAAGUCCCAAGUGUUCCUACAGCAGCUACGACUUUGAAAACGUCGACAUAAGAACAUCGUCUUUCUUAAAACUGAAGGUUUAUUUCCACAGCUUGAAUUUUGAAAGUGUAAAAGAAGAGCCCUUUUAUGACACUGAGCGCUUCUUGUCUGAUAUUGGUGGAACGAUGGGUCUGUGGAUUGGUGCAUCUGUUCUCAGUUUGGCCGAGUUCCUGGAAAUCCUCUUCGAGCUGAUCUUCUGGUGCUUCUGUCCAAGGUCAAAGUAACCAGGAACACCCAUUCCAAGGCUGGCACAUACAUGUGGCACCAGGACGUUGUUGGGAGGAACUGUUUCUUGUUCUGCUUAGGACUAUGGCUGUGACGGGUCUUUUCCGUAUUUAAUAUGUGGGCAUUUUGUACGUGUAACAGAAAUGUUAUGGGCAUUGUGAUAUACUCUGUAUAUAUACUCCAGGAUUAAAUGUUGAUUCUG